AUGCACCUCAUUCUUACUGGAGCUACCGGUCUCGUGGGCACAGCAGUGCUACAUCACAUCCUCUCCCUUCCAGCAUCAUCUCCUACCGCGCAAAAGAUCACACGCCUCUCUAUUGUCAGUCGCAGAGCAGAAAUUCCUCUCCUGGAACACCCCAACAGGCCCAAGCAGAACACAUUCACUAAGAUCGAAGUGCUGCCGCACAAGGAUUUCAAGGAUUACGAGAAGGAUGGUCUCCUUAGCAAGCUGAAGCAAUGCGAUGACAACGAAAAGAUUGGCGUCAUAUGGGCUCUCGGCGUGUCGCAGACCCUCACAUCGUCCGAGCAGCAAUAUGACGAGAUCGUACGCGUAUACCCGAUCGAGGCAGCAAAAGCCUUCUCAUCGAACCUCGGAGUCAAACAGCUGAACUUUGUCUAUGUGUCUGGCGAGGGCGCUACUCAGAACCCAGGUUUUCUGACACAGAUGUUUGGCAGAAUCAAGGGCAAGACUGAGACUGAACUGAUCGAGCUCAUGCAGUCACAAGAUUGUCUGAAAGUGCUGAACGUCCGACCUGGAGGAGUUGACUCGGGAGCUGAGCAAGAUCAGCGACUGGUCCACGAACUGAGCCAUGUAAACGACGGCGGCACAGGAGGCCAGGUGAGGUCUUCUAUGGCGAUGAGAGUUACUGGGGCAGUCGUUUUACCUGUUUUCAGAAGAGGAGUUUACAAAGCUAUGCACAGUCCGACUGGCGAGCUUGGAAAAGUCCUUGUUGAGCUGGUUAUAGGAGACGGACAGCCAGUCAACGUCAAAGGUGCCGAGGGUGAUGGAAGAAUCUUGCCAAACUCUGUCCUCCGGCGUCUCGGUGGAGGCAUGAAGAUGUAG